AUUAAAUUAUGGGUGGAAAGUUACCACAAGAUAUUCUAUGAACAUAGUACAAUGUCUUCCUGGAGGGGUAAAAUUUUCCAUUACAAGAUUUUAAGAGAGGCCAUUUAUUGUACUGUUCAAUUUGCGUUCAUUUUCAAAUUUGCCGCGCGAGUAUCUAUGUAGCGUCUCGUGGUCAUUGGUCAUCACAUUUCAUUUUCAUAACAUAACCGAUAACCUAAAAAUUUAGUAAAAAAGUAAAAAUUUUGAUUGGAAAAAAAUGCAUCGAUAAGGGGGUGUGGGAAAUGGAAAUUAGUGGCUUUUGUGCUGUACUGUCUGCUAGUUUUUGCUCUGGGCACUGGCUAGAUCUCUUGUUUAAACAAUUUUAAUCAGCUGAAAGUGGCCUACAAAAAAAAACCAAGAAGGAAAUGUAUAGCCCUGUGGCUAUGAAAGGCAAAAGAGAGAUAUAAAAAGUGUAUUGGCUAGUUGGAAGAAAGUCCACAUUGUCCAUGCAUAAUAAGUUAUUACAUUAUCAACAAAUAUCAAGAAGAUAGCAGGGUCACGAGUAUCAACUUCAUGAGUUCAAGAAUAUCGAGGAAAUCCAGCUCCUCGAUACUACUGGGCAAACUAGAAGAUUGAAGAGGACAAAUCCUUUUGAACUAGUUUCGAGUGAUAGGUGAUAGUGAAAAACGGAGCAUAGUGCUUGUGUGCUGUGCCUGUGUAUGUUAGAAUAGUGCACGAUCUUGUUAGAUUAGAUAAGAGACGCUAUGGGGUAAGCUCUUCAUUUUAAGAAACAGUAGUAAUUUAGGCUAAAUUAAAAUUGCUCAUUGGUCAGUUAUGACCAGAUUGUUUUUUUAUGUUUGGCAAAAAGGACUUAAGUCAGAAUUGCACAUUGAUAAUGUUUUGAUGAUUUCUGGACCAGAAAAAAACUGUUGUAGAUGUAAACUGUAUGUACAGUAGAAUCUACUACAGUACUGUAGAAAUCAUCAAAACAUUAUCGAUGUGCAAUUCUGACUUAAGCCCUUUUUCCCAAACAUCAGAGAAUUGUAAUGUACAAUAAUUCUCCUAUCUGCUUUUUCAUGAAUUUUGUAGGAGACGAAAAACCAUUUUUAGGAUCAUCUGCUUUCACAUGUUUUGUAGUAAAUAGAUAGUUGAAUUUACUACAAAACAUGUCAAAAAAUAUAUGAAAACAGGAGGUGACUAUAAAAAAAGUUUUUAGUCUCUCUUACAAAACUCAUGAAAAAACAAAUCGGAGGUAUGUCACAUCAGUGACUAAGAAUGUCUAAAAAAUAUACUUUGAUGUCCCAAGAACCAAAUAUAACCUACAGUCCAUCUAAUUUACUUACUGUUGCACGUCAUUAUCUACGCCAGAGAUCUAAGUUGACAUAGUUGCCAAAGUAUAAAAAGAUCCUGAAUCCAUUUUAAAUCAAAUAUGUCACAUAAUUAUUGUAAACGUGGAUUAUACAACAAAGCAAAUUAAUAUUCAAUGUAAAUAAGUAAAAACUUAAGAAAUAGAGAACAAGAAUUAAGUUAUAAUCUUUUAAGAUUUGCAGUGCAAGAGUUUUUGCACUGCAUUGUUAAUAAUUAAAAAACGGCUCCGAACUCUUGGCAAAAAGCCGGUAGGUUUCUUUGUAUAAGUAUGUCUACAAUAACAAUAACAAUAAGUAUGUCUACAAUAACAAUAACUAAAAAAGUUGUCAGAUACCUCGAUUAUUCCAAGUCGUUAUAAAAUUAGGUGAAAUUUAUAUUUUUAUAGUAGAGGAUCUUUUUAUAGUAAAGUAAAUAAUAAAAACAGUAAAUAUAAUAAAUAAAACAGAUACUUAUAGUAAAGAAUAUAAACAAAUAUGAAGUGUCAUCACCGUAACUGUCAAAUAAAUGUUACCAAUUUAUUCUAAAAUGUCACCUUCGUUCGAUUACAGUUACAGUGUGAUCCGAACAAAUCUGCUUCAUAAAAACGCUUUAUAAUCCAUUUAUACAAAUUAAAUGAAACAUAUUAUUGUGUAUUUCUUUAGGUUAACAUUAAUAGAAAUCUUCAAAUAUUAUUUCUACGCGUAUAUAAUAAAAUAUGUCUAGUGGCUGUAAUUCCAGUGUACUCGGCAAAGUGAUUCUAAAAAAGAACACACCUACCGCCUAAAUAUUUCGUGUUGGUAUCAUGCAACCUCACAGGCUACGACGCGGAUGACGCGCAACAGUUAGUAAAUUAGACGAAGUAUGUAGAUAUAUACAGGGUGUAACAAAAAUACAGGUCAUAAAUUUAAUCACAUAUUCUGGGACCAAAAAUAGUUUGAUUGGACCUAACUUACCUUAGUACAAAUGUGCACACAAGAAAAGUUACAGCCCUUUGAAGUUAUAUAUAUAUAUAUAAUAGCACCAAGGGUCUUAGAGGCCCAUGGCUUGAAAAGUUUGUUUUUUUUCUUCAUUUUCACGUUUCUUUAUGUACUGAGAUCUUCUCUGGCUUGAUAUGUGAUUUUUCUCCAUUCCUUCCUGUUAUUCAUUUUUCUUUUCUGACCCUGUAGCACCAUUCUUUCCAAAUCUUUUUCGACCUCUUGCUUCCAUCUAUUUUUCGGCCUUCCUCUUCUCUUUCUUGAAGCUGUAGUGUAGUUUAGUACCAUUUUUGGAGUCCUCGUGUUUGGCAUCCUUUCAAUGUGACCUCGCCAUCUAAGUCUCUGUGCCUUUAUCAUUCAUUUGAAGUUACAAGAUGAAGUGAUUUUUUCCAAUAUAUCGAAAACUAUUAGAGAUUUUUUAUUGAAAAUGGACAUGUGGCAUUAUUAUGGCAGCAGUAUCUUACGAAAAAACUAUAGUAAAAUUUGGACACCCCAUAAAAAUUUUAUGGGGGUUUUGUUCCUUUAAACCCCCCCAAACUUUUGUGCACGUUUCAAUUUAAUUAUUAUUGUAGUACCAUUUAAACACAACGUUUUAAAAACUUUUUUGCCUCUUAUUGCUUUUUCGAAAAGUCAAUUUUUAUCGAAAUAUUUUGAAUAUUUGUCAAAUCCACCACAUAUUUGUAUAUGGUUAAGUACGAUUAUGGAGACUUGGUAAUAAUAUGCAGACUUAUUUAUGCUUUACAUUUUUAGGGAUAUUUUGAACCAUAUUAAAAAAGAAGCCAGAUCUCGAUAAAAUGUGCCUUAUCGAAAAAAUACAAAGAGGCAAAAAAGUUUUAAAAACAUUCUGUUUAACUAAUGGUACCUCAGUAAUAGUUUAAUUGGAACGUACACAAACAUUUGGGGGGUUUAAAGGAACAAAACCCCCAUAAAAUUUUUAUGUAGACAUGUUAAAAAAGAAGUCGCAACUCGAUAAAAACUGCCUUAUCUGAAAAAUACUAAGAAACAAAAAUAUUGAAUUUAACUAAUGGUACCACAAUAAUAAAAUUGAAUUGGAACAUACACAAAAGUUUGGAAGGAUCUAAGGGAUCAAAACCCCCAUAAAAUUUUUAUGGGGUGCACAAAUUUCACCAUAAUUUUUCUUUAAGAUAUUCCUGCCAUAAUACUGCCACAUGUCCAUUUUCAAUAAAAAAUCGCUAAUAGUUUUCGAUAUAAUCGAAAAAAUCGAUUUUCAUUUUGUAAUUUCAAAGGGCUGUAACUUUUUUUAUGUGCAUAUUUGUACUAAGGUAAGUUAGGUUCAUUCAAACUAUUUUUGGUCCCAGAAUAUGUGAUUUAAUUUAUGACGUGUAUUUUUGUUACACCCUGUAUAUACAGCCGAUUACGCACCACCUUAAAAAUUGGGCAUUUUUGAUGUCUCGAAUUUCCUAAACCUGUUGUUGCAUCUAAGUGAUUUUUUUAUAAUAUUCUAGCCUAGGCCCUAGGCUAUAGGUUAAGUACCUCCUUAUGCUUGUCAUGCACGGGGAGCUAUACUGUAAUAUAUAUUAUAUCACAUCGCACUCUAUAGUAAUGAGUGAGCCUGCACAUAUGGAACCAUUUGUUUUCUGUCUGCAGGCUCACUCAUUACUAUAGAGAGCGAUAUGAUAUAAUGUACAUAUAUUACAGCAUAGCUCCCUGUGCAUGACAAGCUUAAGGAGGUAACCUAUAGCCUAGGCUAUAAUAUUAUAAAAAAAUCACUUAGAUGAAACAACAGGUUUAGGAAAUACGAGACAUAAAAAAUACCCCAUAUUUAAGGUGGUGCGUUAAUUUCUUGGAGAAGUGUAUUGUAAUUUAAUGUAAAUAAUGUAAUAUCCAAUAAUUGUAAUUUAAUAUAAGAUGUAAUAUAAGUUCCUUAAAAAAUAUAUUUUUUAUUUCCCACGACAUUAGAUGGAUGUUCGGCAGCAAGACAUUGGACCAAACUGGGACGUCCUAUGAAGGCCCAAUUGACGUCCACCGAACGUCCCUUCGGAUGUUAAGUGGACCUCCAUUGGGCGUUUGGUGACGUGGCAUUUGGACCAAAAUUGGACGUCCUGUUAAGGUCCAAUUCACGUCCCCUAGAACGUCCGGUUAAGGUCCAAUUUACUUCCGAUUAAGGUCCAAUUUACGUCCGAUUAAGGUCCCAUUUACGUCCGAUUAAGGUCCAAUUUACGUCCUAUUAAGGUCCAAUUUACGUCCGAUUAAGGUCCAAUUUACGUCCGAUUAAGGUCCAAUUUACGUCCGAUUAAGGUCCAAUUUACGUCCGAUUAAGGUCCCAUUUACGUCCGAUUAAGGUCCAAUUUACGUCCUAUUAAAGUCCAAUUUACGUCCGGUUAAGGUCCAAUUUACGCCCGAUUAAGGUCCCAUUUACGUCCCAUUAAGGUCCAAUUUACGUCCUAUUAAGGUCCAAUUUACGUCCGAUUAAGGUCCAAUUUACGUCCGAUUAAGGUCCAAUUUAUGUCCGAUUAAGGUCCAAUUUACGUCCGAUUAAGGUCCAAUUUAUGUCCGAUUAAGGUCCAAUUUACGUCCGAUUAAGGUCCAAUUUACGUCCCCUAGGACGUCCGAUCAAGGUCCAAAUUACGUCCGAUUAAGGUCCAAUAUACGUCCCCUCGGACCUUAGAUGGACGUCCAAUGGACGUUCGGUAGCGCGACAUUUGGACCAAAAUAGGACGUAUAAAGGACGUUCCUCGGACGUCCAAUGGACGUCCCUAAAGUCCGUGAAGGACGUCCAAUGGACGUCCUUGUGCUAUUAGGGAUAGAACAAGAAGAAGAAGUUCAUAAUGGAGGACGAACUUCCUUUUUGCGCACUGUUUUGAGGUGUAAAAUAAGAUAAUAUUUCAUCUUUUUGUGCCUGCCGUUUCUGUUCUCUUAAUUUUUUGCUUUUUUCGUUUUUACUGACAUUUAAAUGAUUGUAACUCAUGAUAACGAAACGAUUACUUAGAUAAGAAAAAUAAGUGUUUACAGAAAUUUAAUAAACGACUGAUGAUUAAUGAAUAGAUUAGUUGAACUUAAAAUGCACAGGACUGAAAACUAAUACAUACAAUCAAGCAAUACCUUAUCUUUGCAUAAAACGGCAUUAAACAUCAAACUAAAUAUUAAAUUUAAAAGUGCAUUUUAAAUAAAUACGUCAAAACGUGACGAUGACUCUUUUUAAUUCUACCUCUUGGCUCUUGUAUCUGUAAUUCUUCGUAGUGGUGUAUAAAUUUUGCUUAUUGUUAUUGGUGCCGACAAGGCAAUCUAUUAUACCUACUCUUAUUGCAUUUUUAUGAUGGUUUAUGGUUUAAGAAUGGUUUAUGGACUUAUGGUUCAUGAAUAUCACUCUAACCUAAUUUGUUUAUCAUUUAUCAUUUCCUGUUCGUAAAAUGAAAUCAUUUUGAAAAUUUAUUUUGUUUUUUCAAUAAAAAUUUUCUUUUAGUGAUGUUUUCGGGCCCCAAUAAAAUGCGGGCCCGAGGCAGGGGCCUCAUGGGCCUAGUGGUAAAAUAGGCCCUGAUCUAUACCGAUUUUUAAUAAAGUUCAUUUGAGCCAAACAUAGUCAAAUUGCCAAACACUAGGUAUAUUCUGAAUUUAUUGACGGUCCGCACAAAACUAGCUCACGGUCCGGAUGCGGACCGCGAUCCGCUAAUUGGUGACCCCUGCUCUAAAGUUCAAUAUCCAUUCUAUCCGUUCACAAUGAGUAUAAAAUUAUACAAAUGAGUACUUUCAGAGUACAGGAUUUGCAAAGAGUACGGUUUGCGAAAAAAGAGUACAAAACUCAGUAAAUGAGUACAGUUGGUCACCUUAAUAAAUUCUAAGAAAUUUUCGUUGAUCUUCGCAAUGUCCUAUCGGUGUAAGAAACAAAACUUAGAUAUUAUAUCAUUAUUGUUAUUAUUGUUCUGUUUUACUGGCAUAUCUCUUGCACAGUCUAAUAUGAUUAAUUUAAGUAUUAUAAUAUGACCAUUAAUAAUUUUGUGUAGGUAUCUUUAAAAAAUUAAUUUUUCUAUGGUUUUGUGUAAUAGGUACCAGCAGGAAAAAACGCUCAUUUUGCCCCCCGCCUGCUUUCAUAAGAUAAAUCACGUGAUUCUUCUUAUGGCAGGUCAUUUGCUGUUAAUUAAGUAGUCUUUAGAGUAAAGUCAGUGCGUUCAGUUCUUAGUGUCUUAGUUGUAUCCCUGUAUCGUGGCAAUGGCAACGUACAUAUCGACAAAGAGAGGCCAAAAAAAAUUAAUCUUCCAAGAGUACUUCUACCAUAGAGUUAGGAGUACUCCUAAUGGCAGACCUUAUUGGACCUGCGGCGAAUCAUGUGGCGGUUCUGCAAUAACUAUCGGUGAUGGCAACGAUGGCGAAAACGUUAUUAUCAGAAGAGUGCACAAUCAUGGGCCUUCUCAUAAAAUAGGACCCAUGACUGUGCAACACAAGAUAAGAGAGGCAGCUAGUUCCAGUCAUUAUACACCUAGGGAUGUUGUGAACACUGCCCUAGAAGGGAUAUCGGAUGACACGAAGGUUCAUUUGCCACAACUGACAUCUAUGCAAAAGAUGGUGAGAAAAGUACGCCGAAGAAAUCAGGUAAUUCCACGAGUGCCUCACUCAUUUAGGGAAUUAAUUAUCCCUAAUGAGUUGAGAAGAACCAAAACAUCCAUACCUCAGGAUUUCAUUUUGAGCGAUACUGGAAUAGAUGAUCAAAAUCGUAUAAUUAUAUUUGGUUGUACUUUAGACCUUACUCGUUUAAUCCAAUGUGAUACAUGGGUUGUCGAUGGCACUUUUAAAAGUGCUCCGAAUCUGUGGUACCAGCUAUGGAUUAUACAUGGGGUCUUUCACAACAAAACAUUACCAUUCAUCUACGCAUUUUUGCCAAACAAAAAUGAGCGGAGUUACGAGAGAAGUUUGAUUAAAAUUUUCGAAAAAAUCGAUAUCAUUCGACCUGGAGCAAGACCUAAUACAAUCGUAAUUGAUUUUGAGAUGGCAGUUGUUAACACUUUUAGACGAUUAGUACCCAAUAUUAGAGUUCACGGUUGCUUCUUUCAUUUUUGUCAAGCAAUAUGGCGUAAAGUGCAGCAGUUAGGUUUAGCACAACUUUACAGAGAUGAACAAUUCUUUAAAACCUUAAUAAAAUCAUUUUGUGCUCUUCCGUUCGUGCCACCAGCAGAGGUUUCUCAAGUAUUCGAACUAUUGGAGACCGAGUUAAUUGAUAGCUUUGGAGAAGACGAAAGAUGCCACAGUUUUAUCGACUACUUUAUUACAACCUGGGUUGGACGUACACUUCCGCCAAGAAAUCCAUAUUAUGCAAUUGACAUGUGGAAUUGCAAUAAUAUUACUCUGGAAGGGUUACCAAGAACAACAAAUUCAGCGGAAUCCUUUCACCAUGCAUUUAAUAGCAUGUUCAGUUGCCGCCAUCCUAAUCCAUACAUAUUGAUAGAAAAGCUAAUCAAAGAGCAGCUGAGGCAAGAUUUGAUUAGUAGCCGUCUCGAGGCAGGACUAGAGGAGGUACAAGAUAAUAGGUACCAGAGGGCAAAUGGAAGAUUAGCAAACUUACUAAGAAAUUAUAAUAAUAUGAAUGUUGGCCAAUUCUUAGAAGAAUGUGGCCAACAUAUUACUUAUAAUGUGUAAGUCCCUAAUCUUCUUUAGCCCUUUUCUAUUAUUGAACUUUAAGCCGGGUUGACAUUACUAGUGAAUAACGAACGUGGCUUACGCUUACGUAUUUUGCCCGUGCUAUUGUUAGAUAUUUUAUUAUCUAUUUUCAAACUCGAGCAGUACAUUUGUAUUAUUUAUGCAUUGCAUAGCAAUACAAAUGU